AUGAAUAACACAGAAUAUCUCUGCCAGUCGUCUGUGUUACCAGACAAUAUUCUUUCAUUAAAAGAUGAGGAGUUCUUCGAUUUUGUUACAACAUUGGUGGGUGAGUUAUUUAAAGAUAUUUUAAAAAUACAAGCGAUUAAUUCAGCACAAAUAUUUCUGAAUACACAAAAUUUAUUUGAUAUUUUUAAAUACGAUUCAGCAGAUUUAGACGAUAUAAAAAGUAAAUCGUGUUUUAAAUUGACCAAUGGACAAUUUAUGGUUAAACCGGGCCUACAAAACAGUUUCAAAUAUUUAUCAAAAUUAUUUCAUUCGAAAUCUGAACAAAAUCAAACAUCUAAUGGGACUUUUCCACAACAAAUAUCAUUAGAACUAUCAACAUCUUUAAUGAAUUUCUUUAAAAAUGAAUCUGCAAAUCACAGUAAACAUGAAUUUUUGUCAUCAUUCAUGCACACAAUCAUCAAAAACUUAUCAAAUGCAAAAAGCCGUUAUCGUUACGAGGAGUGUAUAAAGAACUUUGCCGUAUGUCUGUAUAUUUUAGGCGGAAAAUUGACAUACGAAUUCAUUAGGAUUAAUCUGCCAGGAUCCAUCCCAAAUUUAACUACAAUUAACACUCUCAUUUCAGCGAAUGAAGCAACUAUAAAUGAAGGAAAAUUUAGAUUUAAAAAACUGAAAGAAUAUUUGAAUUUAAUCAAUGUGAAAUUUGGCUUCUGUUCAGAAGACUGUACUGGAGUUAUUAGAAAAAUCAAAUACGAUUCAAAAACAAAUGCUUUUGUCGGUUUUGCUACUCCAUUGGCUAACGGCGUACCUCUUCCACUAUACUAUAAAACAGAUUCGUUUGAUAAAUUACAAUCAUGGUUCAGUACGAUCGAAAAAUCACCGUUACUAAAUAUCCACAUGGUUCAAGCUAUUCCUUAUUCGGAUGAAAUAAAAACCUCUGGUUCCUUUUUACUGUCAGCUUACGGAGUCAACAACAAAUUCACCGCAUAUGAUAUCAUAAGAAGAUGGAUUUUUAUUUUUGAUAAUUGCAUGGAAAAAGAAUUUCGAAUUAUUGGAUUUUCGACAGACGGUGAUAAUAAGUAUAUGAGAGCAAUGCGUCUCAUGAGCGGAUUUUUUGCGUCAUUUCCUAACUGUAAGUUACAUGAACGUGCUGACGCUUUUCGUAUUGAAACUGCAAACGAAUGGCCGUGGUUUUUCCUUCGACAAGAACAGCUGUUUAUAUUUCUACAAGAUCCAAUACAUCUUGUCACAAAAUGGAGAAAUCGUUUACUAUCACAGCGAGCGGAAUUACGAAUUGGUAAUGGAAUUAUAUGCAUUCAACAUUUACAAAAUAUAUUGAAAAAUGAUAAUUACACAAAACUGGAUCACGGUCUGACAAAAUCCGACAUAAACCCAAAAGAUAGACAGAAUUACAGGUCUUGUGUUAAAUUAACAUCAGAUGAUGUAUUAAAUAUUUUGAAUGAGGAAACCCAUGCAAAUGGAACACUCUUAUAUUUAACAUUAUUAAAAAUGAUUAUAACAUCUUAUAUUGAAAAAUCAACGUCAAUCGAAAAACCACUAAGUGGUGCAUAUUCUACAAUUGUGAAUUUCACCGUACAUGAUUUUCUACGUCGAGCACAAAAGUUAACCAUCCUCAAUGACAUAAAAUCAAAAGAAUUGGUAGAAACCGAGAAACAAUUGAAAUUUCCUGUUCAUCAUAAACACAAGCAUGAUAAUCAGUUUUUGUCAUUACAAAACUUAAGUGAUGUAGAAAGUUUGGACGUACAACAAACGAUUCGAAAUUCAUAUGAACUUGCUGUUAAACUCAUUGAACAGCUGAAUAUAUCAAAAGUCUUGAAAAAACACAAUGUGUUCAAAUUAGAUGAAUUAAGUGAAUUUAUCGGUCAUCAUUUAAGAACAAAAUCAAAGCUUGCUGACAAUUCAAAAAUGGAUAAUGAUAAUUCAUCUGAAAUCGAUUCUGAAUUCGAUCUAGGAGAUGAUAACGAAGAUGGGGAUAAUGACGAGAAUAAAGUGGACGAUGGCGAUGAAAGUGAUGAACGCUCGUAUGAUAGUAAUGAUGAGGAUGACAAUCAAACCGAUGAAAGUUCUUUAACAACAACAAAGGCGAACCUUCAGGGACUAAGAAUACGAGAGCAGGUUGCUGAUGGGCAGAAAGAUUCAUAUUUCAAGAUUAAAAUCAAUGAUAAAGUUCAGUAUCUACAUAAACAGUCAGCCUGCUGGAUGUUAACUGACGAAAACAGAACUCUAUCUUCAGAUCGUUUAUCUCGCGUCAUGCAGAUGAGUGAAAAAUAG